AUAAGCCCUCUCGAGCCAACCUAAUAGUGAUAGGCAAAUUUCUUAGAUCGUUCGUACUUACUACUUAGAAAGGUGAACGACAUCGUUGGCUGCAGAGGUUUUUCUCCCGACAGCGGCACUGAAGAAGAAGAAACAACGGAGAUGGAGAGUGAACGCAAUAAUAAGAAGAGGAAGAAAAGCCCUAAAACCCACUUACAGCUCAACCCCAACUGGGCUCAACUUCAACUAAAGCUGAAAAGCAAUGGCUUUAACAAGUUUUCGAAACCCACAAAAGACCCGGAGUCAGAAACCCAAAACUCAAUCUUAGGUAAACGUAAAGAUAGACCGGAGGCAGAGUCUAAGCUCAAUCCUCUGACUCCAAUUAAUGAUGAUUUCAGUUUAACAGAUGUGGUGGCUAUGGAUUGUGAAAUGGUUGGUAUCAGUCAGGGAAAUAAAAGUGCUCUUGGAAGAGUUACGCUGGUAAAUAAGUGGGGAAAUGUCUUGUAUGAUGAGUUCGUCCGUCCAGUUGAACGUGUUGUUGAUUUUCGUACAAAAAUUAGUGGUAUUCGACCUAGAGACUUGAGGAAAGCAAAGGAUUUUCGAAUUGUUCAAAAGAAAGUGGCAGAGUUGGUUGAAGGAAGGAUUCUUGUUGGCCAUGCUUUGCACAAUGAUUUUAAGGCAUUACUAUUAACUCAUCCCAAGGAGGACUUGCGAGAUACCUCAGAGUAUCUACCCUUCCUAAACAGGGAAGGCCGCAGAAAAUCUCUCCGGCAUCUUGCAUCUGAGUUUCUUGGUGUUGAAAUCCAAAACGGGGAGCACUGUCCGGUAGAAGAUGCUCGUGCUGCGAUGAUGCUUUAUCUUAAAAACAGAAAACAAUGGGAGAAGAGCACUAAGGAUCAGAUAAGGCUUCAACAGAAGCAGAUGAAACGCAAGCCUAAAAGGAAACCAAAGAAGAAAGAAGCUGUAAAUGUUGACUAUGCUGCAACUGCAUCCUAGUUGUACCUUUGCCCAAUUUUUUGGUUAAAGUUCUGGAAGCUACCAAUUCCGGUCAGUCAAAGCAGGUCCAGCUACGCAGUGAUUCGCAGAUAAGUAGCAAUCAACCAGUCGAGGAAAGAAGAGAUCUAUCAACAGGUAGUUUUCUUUGAACAUGAUAAUUAUAUGAUUUGUUUUGGUCAUUGCCGGAAGGAACUUGAUUAAUGUAUUCCAUACUACAAAAUUCCUCACCGAUAUAGGUUAUGGAUUUAGCUGUGCUUUAUUUUUUCCUUUCUUUUGGAGAGACUGUUAAAGCAAAGAAUAGGAUUUGUAAGAUAACUCUCCCGUGUUCUUUUAUUGCUUUUGUAUCCAGCGGCAAUGGAAUGAGAAUUAAGCAAAAUUUCCCAUGAAUGAUGGAGUAUCCAAAGGGGAUUCAAGU